CCGCGUGGAAAAUCCCCGUGGAUCCCCCGCCAGGGCACAUGGCCCGGUUCCUUCAAUACGAGUUAAAAAAGAGAAAGCAGCCUGACCGUGCCACGCCCUCCUCCCUGUUUGAAUUCCUUUGCUGUUUCCCCCUGGCUUCCCCUUCCUUCCGGUUUAAGGCGACACGUGAGUUCCAAGUCCCGUCUGAUCCGGCCACGGCCACGGCCCACCUCGCCGGCUCCGCUCCUCACUAGCCACCUGGCCUUCCGCCGUCCGGCACGUGUGCCCGCGUCCAUCCUGCCGCAGGGCCUUUGCACGCACUGCCUUCCUCCAUCAGGGCCAGAGCCCUGAGGGGCCAACUCGCUCGUCAGCUCCCAGCUCAAGUGUGAGCCGCCCGCCAGCCCACCUCGUCUCGCUCUCCUGUCACCGGCUCUCAGAGGUCGACAUGCCUUCCCUUCAAGCCACUGGCUCCGCUCCACUCACCACUGUGGCCUCAGAGAGUCAUUAUUUGACAGCCGAGGGUGACCUCACAAUCCCCCUCCAGGCCUCCCACCCUUCAGGCCUUCAGGCCACUAUGCCAGCUGCCAGGCCCUAACUCUGCCCUCUCUGUUCACACCUGGAGGCAGACCCACCUCCGGAGCCACCCAGGCCCGCCGCCAGGGACAGAGGGCUCCCCAGGGUGAGCCUGUGCCACCUUCUGCCCCGAUGCAGAAACCCGGCCCCAUCAUGCCGGACAAGCCGGCGGACCGCAAGGACUCCAUGCCCAUGGAGAGGAAGUCCAUGUGGAGGACGGCCGACGAGAGGCGCAUGUCCGACCUCACGCGGGUGAUGGAGUGGCUGGAGCGGAGGCAGGUGAAGAAGCUGUCGCUGGUGCAGCCGCCGCCACAGCCACAGCCACAGCCACAGCCACAGCCGCAGGCCCAGCCGCCGCCUCCGCCCAAGAAACGCACCAAGGGACCCUGGGUGCCCCGGAAAGCAGCUGGGAAGAAAGUCAAAGUCACCUUGAAAACCGAGAGAGAGAAAAGCCGCCAAGUGACAUUCUCUGAGCAGGGCAAGCCGGGGGGCCGGCGGGACGCGGACCCGGCCACCUUCCGCAGGCUGUACGGGGCAGACCAGAAGGGGAAGCGCCAGAGCGUUGUCCCCGGGAACUACAGCAAGGACAGCACCGGCAAAUCGGUUUCAGAGCUGGAGAUGAAGGACUCGGCCGCCACGGAGUCCACCCCGAGGAUGAUGUCCUUCCAUCACCAGAGCAUGACGGACUCCAUGCUGCAGGACUCCAUCUUCGGGGCGCGCAAGUCCACGCUCCUGAGGGACUGGGUGGGCAAGCUGCCCGACGCGGCCUGCGAGCGCCGGCUGAAGAACCUCAUGGAGAAGGGCGCGGAGCCCAAGGUGGAGGCGGUGAGGGCCCUGAAGCCCGAGGAGGUGCUGAGCUGCCGGUACCUGAGGCUCUCCAAGAACAACAUCCGGACGCUGCUCAAGCUGUGCACGGACGCCGGGCUGGUGGUGGACAUCCACCCCCACAUGGUGGAAGCGGAGAUAGACGCCAAGAAGGUGUUCGCCCCGUACCCCACCGUGUCCCUCUAAGCCGCCCCUCCCGCCGCGCCCCCGCCCCCGGGCUGGCUCUGCCCUGGGCCCUUAGGACCGUGUGACCUGCAAACAAGCCUCAGCUGCAUGGACGGCGGUGCCCGGCAGCCUUUGUCCUCCUCCGACUCAGAACCGGCCAGCAGCCGCGGGGCUCGCUCCCCCCGCCCUCCUCACGCAGGCUGCUGG